UAUUUCUUCUCCGUGAACAUAGUUCGUAUUGUAAACGUGGCGGAGGUUACCGUCUUUGUAUAGUAUGAAGGGACCAACAUUUUAGUCCAAUAAUCGUGUCAAUAAGAUUAUUUGUGCACGAAAGAGAGAAGGUUUUACGUACUAAGGCCUUUGGCCGUCAAUAUGGUUCUUCUAGCUGCUGCAAUAUGUACAAAAAAUGGCAAAGCAUUGGUCUCAAGACAGUUUGUUGAAAUGACACGUUCUCGAAUUGAAGGUCUGUUAUCAGCUUUUCCAAAGUUAAUGAACACUGGCCAACAGCAUACAUUUGUUGAAACAGAAAGUGUCCGAUAUGUGUACCAACCUUUAGACAAGUUAUUUAUGUUGUUAAUAACAACAAAAGCAAGUAAUAUAUUGGAAGACUUAGAAACACUUCGACUAUUUUCAAGAGUGGUUCCUGAAUACUGUAAAGUGCUGGAAGAAAACGAUAUAUUAGAAAACUCUUUUCAGUUAAUAUUUGCGUUUGACGAAAUAGUAGCACUUGGAUAUAGAGAAAACGUUAAUCUUGCUCAAAUAAGGACAUUUAUUGAAAUGGAUAGUCAUGAAGAACGUGUUAUAAAUGCUGUUAGAAAGACUCAAGAACUUGAAGCUAAGGAAGCAAUGAAACGUAAGGCAAAAGAAUUGCAGGCAGCUCGUAUUAGUGCUGGAAAAGGUCGCAGUUUAUUAAAAGGGUUUGCAGGUGGGAUGGGUGGGUCAGGAAGUUCAGCACCAUCCCAUAAUGAUUACAACCCAACUGUGGGCGAUCACGCUCAAACACAAGACAUAUCACCACAAAAAUCGUACCCCGUCAGACCUGCUGGUAAAGGCAAAGCGAUGAAACUUGGUGGGAAAACGAAAGACGUGGAUUCAUUUGUUAGUAAAUUGAGAGAAGAGGGAACAGAAGUGGUCUCCUCAUCAAAGCCUGCUACAAAGGCUCCUCCCACACCAGCUGUUCCUAUGUCAAGUGUGCAUAUUAAAUUAGAAGAAAAACUAUCACUGACUGCAGGCAGACAUGGUGGCUUACAAAAUAUGGAAGUUCGUGGUUUAAUUCUCUUACGUAUAUCAGAUGUUAAUUUCGUAAAACUGUGCAUUGCGCUAGAAAACAAUGACAGUAGAGGUUUCCAAAUGCAGACUCAUCCAAAUGUUGACAAAAAACUCUUUAACCAGAACUCCAUAAUUGGCUUGAAACAAGGCGGAAAGGGGUUCCCACUUAACAGCGAAAUCGGUGUCUUAAAAUGGCGCCUUCAAACGAAAGAUGAAGAUCUAAUUCCGCUAACAAUAAAUUGCUGGCCCAACGAGAACGACGGUCAGUGUGAAGUCACGAUAGAAUAUGAGCUACAACUGAAAGAUUUAGAAAUUAAUGAUGUAUCUAUCUCUAUACCAGUACCGUCUGGAGUUGGUGCACCAAAUAUUGGUGACAUUAAUGGCGAUUAUCAUUACGAUUCGAAAAAAUCAGUUCUUGAAUGGCAACUUGCUGCAAUUGAUGCGUCAAAUCCGAACGGUAGCUUAGAAUUCACGAUCCCUGGUCAUCCUGACGAUUUUUUCCCUAUCCACGUAUCUUUUUAUAGCACCAAAACUGUUUGUGAUGUACAGAUCAAUGAAGUCAAGCAUGCUGAAACGAAAUCGUUAGUAAAAUAUUCGCAAGAAAGAUCACUACUAGUCGACACUUAUGAGAUUGUUUAAGCUUGAAUGACAUCAUGUAAAGAAUUCUGAACAAUUUAAUGUUUUAGACCAGAUGGUCAGUUUGUGUCAUGUUGAAAAAAGAUCACACGAAAAGAACACAUUUUAUUUUGGAAAUUUAAGUUAUAUAGUUAUGUAUAUAUCUGAUUUUGGGUGUGGUGUAUGUAACUACUGUUGUGUCAAUUUGUCAUAUUAACAACCGUUUUCACAACAAAGAAGCUAUCGCCUCUUUGUUCCCAGAGUUGGUUAGUUUUUAGUUUUGCUAGCAAGAGUAUCGUUACUCUACUUUAUAAUGAAGUUACAUUCUCGUGUAGUAUUCAUUCUUCAAAUUUUCCGUUCCUUGUGUAGCUUUUUUUAAGUGGCCGCGCUCGCAAAGUACAAUACGAUAUAGAUUUUUAUGGUAGUUGUUAUGUACAAAUAAAUCCAUUUGACCGAA